UUCGGGCAUCUGUUGGUGCUGUGUUAAGAGCUUAACUUCGAACAUGUUUUGAAGUCUGAAAAAAAACAGCAGCUAGUAUAAAUAUAACAAAAAUUUCAAGCAAUUCCUCGAGAAAGUCUGAGUUUCAGCGCUCCUCAGAGCGCCAGCCAAAUUACGUUUGUGUUGCGUUUCAAAAUUAUUGGUUAAACUGAUAAAUAUUAUCCAUCCAUUAAUCCAUUGAUCUAUCCAUUCAAUUAAGCCAUGUUACGGGCAGGCCGCGGUCACCAGGACGGCUCAAGUGAGGAGCGCAUGUGCUGGAUCUGCUUGAAUACAGAAGGGGGGACCUUGCACCACGACUGGCUGCAGCCGUGUCGUUGCCGUGGCACCAACAAGUGGGUGCACGAGGCUUGCCUCAGCCGCUGGAUUGAUGAGAAGCAGCAAGUCAACCCGGACGCUCCGGUGACCUGCCCCCAGUGCUACACCGAGUACAUUAUUGUGAUGCCACCAGUUUGCCGUUUUGAUGCAAUGCUCGAGAGUGUGGAGAGGACGUACUGUCUGCUCUGUCCUAGCAUUCUGAUGGGUAUGCUGGCCACUGUUGUGUAUAUGGCAACGCUCUCCUACGGAGCGCUUACACUUCACCAAAUAGCUGGCUACGAUACGAGCAUUCAGCUGAUGAAAGAGGAUCCCACUUUUUUGUUGAUCGUUUUGCCAUCGGUGCCAUGUGCCUUGUUGCUGCUGCGCCGUUUUGACUGGGAUAACUGGAUGGUGCGCUGGCUGCGCCGUCAACACCGUCAGUCUGUGGCAUUGGAGCAUUAUGAUGAGCAGGGGGAUCUACUGCCUGGCGCUCCGCUAACCGAUGAAUAUUUUGAUAGUCUGGAGCCGGUCGAUGAGGAUGAAAUGAUGCAGGCCGGUACCAUGAAUUCGGAGAAUAUUGAGCGAGCCACAUGCCGUGUCUGCACGGCCCUUAGUCUGCCCACCUUUUCAGUACUCAUUGGGCAGACUCUCUAUGGCAAUGUGAACAGCAAAUUGUUAAGCAUAGUGUUGGGAGCCUUCACCUUCGAGGCUGUUAAGGGGUUGAUCAGCGUCUAUUUGCGCCAAUGCCAGUAUUAUCGCCGACGUUAUCGUAGUGUACUCGACUACACCACAGAGAACGUCCAGAUGGCCGGCAGAACCAUCUAGUUUCGCUAAAAAUCAAUCCAUCACAUGUUAAUUUUGAUGUUUAAAAUAAAAUUUGUAAUUCCAACGGAAA